UCUGAACAGACUUCAGUAUAGAAUGAAUCAUGCAAUGCAUGAUGGCUAAUGGUGUUUUAUUCGGUUGUAGUUCCAUGUAUUUCUUAAAAAACAAACGUGUAAACCAUUUUUAUUGACCAGAAUGUAACUGAAAAUACAAUGGCAGCCUUGCCAUUGUCCAUCAAUAACAAAACAUUUUUUUUUCGUAAAACAUUUGGGGAAACGUAUGCAGUCAUUGUAGUCUUACAUUUUGAUUGGCCAACCAAAAUUACCAAAACGUUAACCCGUAAUAAGGCUAGGGUGGCUGAGUGUAAAUACAUGGCUCUGAGUGUAAGCACCUUUUCACUAGAAACGUUAUUGUGUUCAAAUUACCGUCAGUGCGAAAUAGCUAGAAACCUUUCGUAUUUCCACUUGGCUGCACCUACUGUUACGAUAACGAUAAAUCAAGUGCAAUACCUGCGUCGACCUGUGUCGAGCAGCAAAACACCGGAAAGCUUCUAGCCUACCGGAAAGUUACAAGAAGAACAAGAAUAGUUACCUCAUCCGGUCAUGUCACACUUGUUGUUAAUAGAUUUUUCUCCCACACCAGAUGUCUGGACCCUGGACAGAUAACAGAAGAAGGAGAGAGGGACCCUAGGAGGUACGUAAAGGAGUUGAUGAAAUCCUGUUAAGACAGACAAUCAGAUGGUAUGGCCUCUGAGGACCCCCAAGACCAACUGGAUGAGGCCAUUAACGAGGCAAAAAGACUGGCUGAGGAGCUCAACCCAGAGAAGGACCCACAAGCCCAACUAGACGAGGCCAUUAACGAGGCAAAAAGACUGGCUGAGGAGCUCAACCCAGAACGGGAAAAUAAGAAGAAAAAGACAAACAAGCCUCCAGGGAUUAGGUUCAGAUGGAGACAAAGGGAUGAGAGAGGACAGAUUGUUUCUCAAACCAGGAAGGCAACUACAUCCACUUCUUUUGCUCCAAGGGCCAGUACAUCAAGAGCCAGACUAGUGCAACAUUUAGGGCCAGUCACUGAGGAAGAAUCAGAGACGAGUACCAGUGGAUUGGAAUCCACUCCAGUUUUAAACAUCGAUGAAGAAAUAUCAAUACUUCAUAGAGAAAUUAACAUCCUCCUAGCUGACUUAGAAGACCCUGAGUGUUCAAAUCCUGCUGUGCCUGGUGCAUCACACAGUUGGAGUGUGAGGAAGGAACUCUCACAGGAUAGGUGGAGGGAGUCCAGGCCUGAGAUUGUAGAUUCUCUGCUGGCUGCAGAGCAUGCUUCUCAGAAGAUCUGUCAGUCAUGCAAUGUGAAAAGGGCUAUUCUGCGAUGUAGAGACUGUCUGCCGAAACAGCUUUACUGCGAAGACUGCGAUGUCUCUACACAUGCAAAGUUCCCCCUGCACAACAGAGAGUCCAUGAUCGAGGGGUUCUACACGCCCCUUCCUCCAACUACAGCCAUAUCCCUCCACAGUGAUGGGAAAUAUGCACUUCAUGAACAGGAUUGUUUCUUACCAUUGGAUGUACCAGAGGUGAUAUGUGGUUGCCUGACAAGCACCAUCCAUGUUGGCCCUGGGAAACAUAUCAUCCUCGUAGGAAUUAAUGGUCGCUACAAUGUCACAGUGCCUGUGCUUACCUGCACAACUUGUCUUAGCACCUGGACAGCAAACUUGGCAGAUCUGAUAAAGAAUGGGUACUGGCCUGCCACUGUCAACUGUGACACCAUAUACCAGUCGGGUCGUGAUGGCUACCCAUCGGGAGCUAGAGUCUCUUCGCCGUGGCAACAAGACAGCGAGGCCUCCCCCACGCCGCGUCUUCCCCCCACGACGCUCUGAGAUCUAGUCAGCCUCCCAAAUAGCACCCUAUUCCCUAUAUAGUGCCCUACUUUUGACCUGGGUCCAGAGACACUAUAUAGGGAAUAAGGCUCUGGUCAACAGUAGUACACUAUAUAGGAAACAAGGUGCCAUUUGGGACCUACAGCGAACCAUCAUCGCAACGCCCCCAAAGGCUCAUGGGAAACAGUCUUCACAUAGCGGAGGUUCACUUGAAGUUAUUUUGUAUUUAUGUUUUGACUUGAAUAAUCGAGAUCAGUUUGAGAACAAUGAUCCAAAGUAUCAACUCAGAUUAGAACUGAAUGUUUGUCAAGUUAUAUGGACACAACAUUAUAAUAAUAAAGAUGGUUUAUAAUACCAUUUAAGGGUUAUUUUCUUCUCCUCUGUCUUUCCUAAUGCUGAGGACAUCAGUUUGGAACAGUAUGUAGUUACUGUGUUUUGUAGAAGGUGUUAUAAAAUAAAUCAUUACUUAGGUGAA